AUGACUGCUCAGAUAGAAGAAAAAGUGUCAGAUUGUGCAAUUUGUCAUGACUAUGUUGCAGCACAACAGAAAGAACCAUUAAUUCCGAGCCAAGCGCCAGACUUACCUUGGGUUGAAGUGGCAUCGGACAUCUUUACGUUCAGUGGAGACAACAACAUUCUUUCCAUUGACUAUUACUCCAAGUACAUUGAAGUCACACAACUCAAAGAUAUGUCCGCACAUGAAACUACUGAAUGCCUUGAAGAACAUUUCAGUCGUCAGGAAAUUCCUGAGAAGCUGAUCACAUAUUGUGGUUCACAGUAUGCCAGUGCCAAAUUCCAAACAUUUGCAAAAAACUAUGACUUCAAACAUGUUUUGGUUAGUGCAAAACACCCUUGUGUAAAUGGAGAAGCUGAAGCAGCAGUGAAAAUUGUUAAGUCACUGUGGAGAAAGAAUGAAGACAGGCAUAAAUCUCUUCUUACCUACAGAACAACUCCACUUCCAACCAUGAACUUAUCGCCAUCACAGAUGUGUAUGGCCCGAAGGCUAAGAACAAACUUGCCAAUGUCUUGUAACCUGUUACAACCAGAAGUAAACAAUCAAAACGAAGUAAAAAGAAGAUUACAAUUUAACAAAAACAAGCAGAAGUGUAAUUAUGACAGGAAACCCGGACCUGGAUCUCGUGAGUGGAAACCAGCAGUUGUAGUUCGACAUCACACAACUUGGCGAUCAUAUGUUGUGGACACAGGGACACUCAAAUGUAACAGUUGCAUUGCGUUUGGAAUCAGAGGUAUCCAACAAAACAAGUGUGUUACGCAAACAAUCCUACAGAACAGAGAUUACAUGCAAACCUUUGUCUCCAGAACUCAGCAGUAA